GGAAAAAUAAAAAUUAAAAAUUACAUUCCUUAAAAGAAAGCAGCCUCUAAAUUAAUUUCUCUUUUUUUCCCAUUCUUUUUGUUUUUUCCCAUUUCCAAAUCUUUGCUCUCUUUCUUUCUUCUCUAUAGCAAUCAUAUUCUCGUUUUUUUUGCUAAAUUGUCUUUUUUAAUGAAAGAAAAAUCCCUCUAUUGAACAGGGGGAAAAGAACACAGAGUGGAUUGUUUUGUGUUUGGGGUGGAGCAACUUCCAGGAGGCUUGAAAUUUCUCAUGGUCCAUUACAGGGGAUGAUACAAAUCUCCUGGGGGUUGUAGGCCACAUUGCCCCACUUCUGUUGCAUUAUUAUUUUUUGCCUUUUCAAUCUAUCAUUUGUUAAACAAGAAUUUUUUCCUUAGAUAUAUAACGUAUCUGAUAUCAAAAUUAUCGACGUUAGAUAGUUAGUAUUAUUUGAUGGCCCCACGAGGGGUUGAAUAAAAAAUUACAUAUGGCCUCCAACCAAAACUAGACUUUUUCCCCCUUAAACAAAUUUAUAAGAAAAUUCCCAUGCAUGUUCAUACUUUGGCACACAUUCUAGGAACGAAUCAACAGUACCUUCUCCUUCUCCUUUUCUCUGUCUUCAAAUUCUCCAAACUCUAGCCUUGAUUUUUGUAUAUAGAGGGUUUGAUUUUUGUGGCUUAGGGAAAAAAAUCUUUUUGUAAUUUAUUAGCCUGAUAGAAAAAAAAAAUGGGAGAUGCUUCUCCUGAGAAAAAAUCAGGAUGUGGCAUAUUGAGUGCUGUUUUUGGGAGGAGGACUUGGCCUAGAAGAUCAACUUCCACAGGUUCACUUCCCACAACUGCCAAUGCCACUCCAGAUCAUUUUCCCAGGAUUCCGAGCACCCCGGUGACGAAAAGGUACCGGGGUGGCUCCGAUGAGGCCUCAUUUCUAGAGGAUGAAGUAGUUGAUUAUAAUAAGCCAGUUGAUAGAAUCAUUGAGAGACCAGCACCACAUUCCAAAACCCCUCCAGGUAGUAAUAAUGUGUAUCAACAACAGCAACGCCAAACGCCUCCGCCCGCGAAUUACCCGAAUCAGGGCAGGAAAACACCCGAGAAUGCUGCGAAUCUCCAAGGCUAUGCCGGCGUCGGAAGAAAGGUUUCGCAAGGCAAUGUCGGCAUAUCAGGGGAGCUCGACAGCAUGAUCGCGGAUCACCAACGAUCAAAGGGUGCGACUAAUUUAGUCCGGGCGUCUUCAAGCAAUGUAAUGUUGUUUGGGAAUUUGGGGAAUUUGAGGCAAGGUGGAGGAGGAGGAGGAGGAGGGAAUGCAAAUGCGAAUUGGAAUACCAGCAAUGUGUUUGAUCAACUUCCCAGGACUGCUAAAGAGGAACAAUCUUCUUCUGCAGCAGCAUCAAAUGGAAUGUAUCCUAAUAGUGUUAUGGGGAAUGUGGUGAAGAAACAGAACGAGGAUCAAUCCCAAAAGCCAACUUCCCUUUGCAGGGCUAUUUCCACCAGAAUGGAUCCUGAGCAAUUGAAAAUAUUGGGCAAUGAGGAUUACAAGAAUGGAAGGUUUGCAGAAGCCUUGGCUUUAUAUGAUGCAGCAAUUUCCAUUGAUCCAAAUAAGGCUUCUUACAGAAGCAAUAAAUCAGCAGCUUUAACUGCUCUUGGAAGACUUCUUGAAGCUGUUUUCGAGUGUAGAGAAGCCAUUCGAAUUGAACCGCAUUAUCAAAGAGCUCAUAAUCGUUUGGCAACAUUAUAUGUCAGAUUGGGGGAAGCAGAGAAGGCCAUUUAUCAUCAAAAAUAUGCUGGGGCUGAAGCUGAUCCCGAUGUUAUGAAUAAAGCAAGAAAACUCAAGAUUCAUUUGAUGAAGUGUACUGAUGCCAAAAUGCAGAGAGAUUGGAACACCCUAUUGAGAGAAACAGGCCUUUCUAUAUUAGCUGGUGCUGAUUCUGCUCCACAGAUAUUUGCUUUGAAAGCGGAAGCCUUGCUAAAGCUUCAAAGACCUCAAGAAGCUGAUGAAACACUGAAGAAUGGUCCGAAUUUCGAUGAUGAUGAGUGCACAAAAUUUUUAGGUCCCAUUGGUCAUUCAACCAUUUUGGUCAUCCGGGCUCAAGUGCAUCUCUCUGCAGGCAGGGUUGAGGAAGCUGCGACAGCAGCCCAAUUAGCUGCAAGACUUGACCAGAACAACAAAGAAGCGAGUAGUUUGGUAAGGAAAACUAGAGCCGUGGCGACCGCCAGAUCAAAAGGAAAUGACCUUUUCAAGUCAGGGAGAUAUUCAGAGGCUUGUGUUGCGUAUGGGGAAGGACUAAACCUUGAUCCCUAUAAUGCUGUCUUGCUUUGCAAUAGGGCUGCCUGUCGAACUAAACUUGGUCAGCAUGAAAAGGCAUUAGAAGAUUGUAAUGCUGCGCUUAAUAUUCGACCUUCUUAUAGCAAGGCCAGAUUAAGAAGAAGCGAUUGCUUUGCCAAGUUGCAAAAAUGGGAGGCAUGUAUACAAGAUUGUGAAAUAUUGUUAAGAGAUGCACCGGAUGAUGAGGAGGUUGGACAGAUGCUAAAGGAAGCCCAAUCACAGCUCAGAAGACAGCAAGGUGACGGCGGAGGUGGUGGCGGGCUAGACGUGAACAACACAGACAGCAACGGAAAUGUUAGUAGUGCGGAUCAUGUUGUUAAUCACCACCACCGUGCCCGGUCCAAUAAUGACAUUAUUGUCGUGUCAAGCGACGAACAUUUCAAAGACUACGUUACAUCAUCUGGUGUAUCUGUGGUCCUAUUUUGUAACAAGCCAGGAGACAAGUCGAUUAUACAGUUUCUGGAGCAGCUGCAAAAGAGAUACCCAUCCGUGAACUUCCUCAAGGUGGAAGUUGAAGACCAACCCUCAUUAGCAAAAUCAGAAGCAGUGAAUUCAUUACCAGCAUUCAAAGUAUACACGAAUGGUUCAAGAACAAAAGAAAUUCCAGGCAACAACCAAGAUUUGAUAGAGAGCACAAUCAGAAUGCACAUCAGUUAGAUUGGCAAAAAAUAAUUAAAAAAAAAAAAUCAAUUGAUUCCACACAUUCUUUUUCGAAGAUUUGCAUGCUUGGGCUGGACUAGCAAACAAGGAUUCUUGGUUUAGG